UAGAGCUGCUGCAGUGUGUUGGCUAUCUCACUACCUACCUCCUACUCAGAAAUUUUAAUAACGGUACUCUAAAACUUCCAAUGUAUCCACAGAAGAAAUGUUCAAGCCUAGAAUACUAACGGCUCUGUAAAUCAUACUUUUGAAAGUUAUGUGUAUUGCGAUAACGCUACAAAAAAUAUUAUCGUUUUAAAUACUUUUUUUGUAUUCAUAUCAUGUGGCUAUUUAGUCGUUCUUGUCAGAGUAAAGCACGUCUUGCUGGUAAGACUGUUGUUAUUACCGGUGCUAACACUGGAAUCGGAAAGGAAACUGCGAAGGAUCUUUACAGACGAGGUGCACGAGUGGUUCUUGCAUGCAGGGAUGUUGAAAAAGCAAAGCAAGCUAUUGAAGAAUUACAAACUACUCUACCGUCUAAACCAGAAAGAGAACAAUUUAGUGGAGAACCAGGUGAAUUGAGUAUUUGCCAUUUAGAUCUGUGUAGUUUUGCCAGUGUCAGAAAAUGUGCACAAACUUUAAACAGCACUGAACCGAAUAUCCAUAUUCUUAUCAAUAAUGCAGGAGUCAUGAUGUGUCCAUUUGCUAAAACAGAAGAUGGAUAUGAAAUUCAGCUUCAAGCAAAUCAUCUUGGUCAUUUUUUGCUUACUCUAUUAUUGCUACCGAAAUUGAUGAAAUCAACUCCUGCAAGGAUAAUUAAUGUUUCAUCAAUAGCUCAUAUGUAUGCUGACAUUGACUUUGAUGAUAUUAAUUUGGAACAGUCAUAUUCUUCGAUGAAGGCUUAUAAUCGAAGUAAACUGGCUAAUAUAUUAUUUACUAAAGAAUUAGCUCGUCAGUUGGAAGAAGCCAAAAUUGACGGGAUCACUACAUACUCUCUUCAUCCAGGACUGAUUGCUACUGAAUUAGGCCGACAUUUAAAUGAGACUGUUUUUCCUGGAGCUCGAUUUAUUGCAAGAAUUGUUUCUGUACCGUUCAGAAAAACUCCAGAACUUGGAGCACAAACGACUAUUCACUGUGCCACAGAUGAGAAGGCUGAAUCUGAAACAGGCUUAUAUUACAAAGAAUGCAGUGUUGCUGCACCAUCAACCAAAUCAAAGGAUCCUGAGCUAGCUCGUAAACUUUGGAAUGAAAGCAUCAAGAUGGUUGGCUUGGAACCAAAAAAUAACUUAAAUGAGCUUUUGACUCAAAUAUCUCAAAUUCUUUCAUCCAUGUAGCGGGAAUUUUUGACUUUUUUCAAUAAAUGAAUACAAUAAAAUGUAUGGAAUCAAUGAGAGAGCUUAUUAACAUAUAAGAUUUACUAUUAUAUAUAUUUUUUAUUAUACAUAUAUGUAAAUGAUUAAACGACUUGCGUAAUAAAUGGAUACACAGAA